AUGAUCGGCCACUGCCUCGAAGUCGCUUCUAUGGCGGCUCACCCCUUCCGCCACAUCAUGGCCUCGGCUUCGCUCGACAGUUGCAUUAGGGUAUUCGAUGUCUACUCCAAGAGCACCAUCGCCAAUCUCAAAGCCAUGCCAUAUGAACCCCCCCCCUGUUUCAACCCGCCACCUUCUCUCCUCCAUAACCACCGCCACACUCCACUCCGGCCGACGAGACCGGACCCAAUCGAACCACCGCCGCUUCCUCUUCCAAGUCCGACCAAGCUCAGCCGUAACCACCGCCAGCAGCCACCGGAAAACGCAGAAAAUCGUGCGGGUUUUGACAGAUUUUCUCAUCGCUCGUUCUCCCUCGAUUCUCCACCAAAUCAGACGAGUGAGGAGUUUGGGCCGGCGGUUUGGAGUUUUUCCGGCCACCGGAAAUUUCUCAAGCCACCCAAGCUGCCAGCGCGUGUGGCGGCGCGUGGGCAGUCUGGAGGGGACCACUCUCAGUUUCAGAAUGAUCCUCGCACUCGGGCACCAGUUGACCCGCAGGAGGGACCUUCCAAAGGUCCAGCGAGCUCGGACCAACCCCACUUGAGGUACCCAGAUAUACAGAUGUUGCCUUCGGAUAUGAUGAUGUCCACGGACAUCCAGCUGCCCACGAGUUCUAUGGUACCCGGACUCGUGUGGAGCGAGGACGCGGAUCAGGUUGACCAAGGUCCCCUGAAUCCUGCGAGGUUGCAGCUCGGAUUGACUUUAUGUCACCGAGACCUGCGAGGACGUGUCACCAAUGGUGAUGCGAGGGGAAUUGACGGGUAA